UUAAAAAAAAUCUACCAUUUACGUUCCUGCUUUGAUCGUGCGGCCAUGAAAUAUCGCCAGUUCCCAAUAUAUUAAAAUCUGUACUUAAAUUUUUCAGUUGUUCUUUCUUCUUUGUUUUUGACUUUCACCUUCAGACAUCUUCUCGCUGUCUUCGCUUCUCACUUAACUUUCAGAUGGAUUGGCAAGGGCAAAAGCUAGCGGAGCAGAUAAUGCAGGUAAUGCUUUUGGUGUUUGCGGUGAUUGCAUUUGUUGCAGGUUAUGUAUUGGGAUCGUUUCAGAUGAUGAUUCUCAUAUAUGCUGGUGGUGUGACUCUCACCACAUUGAUUACUGUUCCAAAUUGGCCUUUCUUCAACCGCCACCCACUCAAAUGGUUGGAUCCCAGUGAAGCUGAGAAGCAUCCUAAGCCACAGGUGGCUGUGAGUUCGAAGAAGAAAGCCACCAAGAAGUAGGGUCAUUUUAAUUUGAUCUUAACAUCAUUAGAGUUUGGAUACAGGGCUGAAUUGAUGUUUUAUAUCUUUAUGUGCAUCUAUGGAUACUGUAGUCUACUUGGUUUCCCCGAAUUUUUUGAAUUAUAAAACAGUUAGUUGAAGAGAA